AUGGGAUCCGGCUCCUCCAGCUACCGGCCCAAGGCCAUCUACCUGGACAUCGAUGGCCGCAUCCAGAAGGUGGUCUUCAGCAAGUACUGCAACUCCAGCGACAUCAUGGACCUCUUCUGCAUCGCCACCGGCCUGCCGCGGAACACGACCAUCUCUCUGCUGACCACGGACGAUGCCAUGGUCUCCAUCGACCCCACCAUGCCCGCAAACUCCGAAAGCACUCCCUACAAAGUGCGACCCGUGGCCCUCAAGCAGCUCUCCGAGAAAGAAGAAUUGAUCCAGAGCAUGCUGACCCAGGUUGCAGAGCAGUUCUCGAGAGCAUUUAAAAUCAACGAACUCAAAGCUGAAGUCGCAAAUCACUUGGCGGUGCUCGAGAAACGCGUGGAAUUGGAAGGACUGAAAGUGGUGGAGAUUGAGAAAUGCAAGAGUGACAUCAAAAAGAUGAGGGAGGAACUGGCAGCCAGAAGCAACAGGACCAGCUGUCCCUGUAAGUACAGUUUUUUGGAUAACAACAAGAAGUUGACACCUCAGCGCGAUGUCCCCACAUACCCCAAGUACCUGCUCUCCCCGGAGACCAUCGAGGGCCUGCGCAAGCCGACCUUCGACGUCUGGCUCUGGGAGCCCAACGAGAUGCUGAGCUGCUUGGAGCACAUGUACCAUGACCUCUGCCUGGUCCGAGACUUCAGCAUCAACCCCAUCACACUCAAGAGGUGGCUACUCUGCGUGCACGACAACUACAGGAACAACCCUUUCCACAACUUCCGGCACUGCUUCUGCGUGGCCCAGAUGAUGUACAGCAUGAUCUGGCUCUGCGGGCUCCAGGAGAAGUUUUCCCAAAUGGAUAUCUUGAUCCUCAUGACCGCAGCCAUCUGCCACGAUUUGGACCAUCCGGGAUACAACAACACGUACCAGAUCAACGCCCGCACCGAGCUGGCCGUGCGCUACAACGACAUCUCGCCCCUGGAGAACCACCACUGCGCCGUGGCCUUCCAGAUCCUCGCCCAGCCCGAGUGCAACAUCUUCUCCAACGUGCAGCCCGACGGGUUCAAGCAGAUCAGACAGGGCAUGAUCACGUUAAUCUUGGCCACCGACAUGGCCCGGCACGCAGAGAUCAUGGAGUCCUUCAAAGAGAAGAUGGAGAACUUCGACUACAGCAACGAGGAGCACAUGACCCUGCUGAAGAUGAUUCUGAUAAAAUGCUGUGAUAUCUCCAACGAGGUGCGUCCGAUGGAGGUGGCAGAGCCGUGGGUGGACUGCUUAUUGGAAGAAUACUUCAUGCAGAGCGACCGCGAGAAGUCGGAAGGCCUUCCCGUGGCGCCUUUCAUGGACCGGGACAAAGUGACCAAAGCCACGGCCCAAAUUGGCUUCAUCAAGUUCGUCCUGAUCCCCAUGUUCGAAACAGUGACCAAGCUCUUCCCUGCGGUGGAGGAGAGCAUGCUGCAGCCGCUGUGGGAGUCCAGGGACCGCUACGAGGAGCUGAAGCAGAUGGACGACGCCGGGACGGAGAGGAAGACGGAGAGCCGGGCAGGAGGGGCAGCCGACACAUCAAGGGAGAAAAGCAGAGAUGGGAAACCGAGUGAAGGCCUUGCCUGA